GGCCAAUGCACUGCCGGCUCCUCCGGGGCCUGGCCGGAGUCCUCCUCACCCUUCUAUGCAUGGGGCUCCUCUCGCUACGGUACCGCUCAAGCCCGUCCCCGCAACGUGUGCCCGACACCCCCGAGCUGAGCCCGCCAAGCCCUCGGCCCUCCGAGCUGCAGCUGCACGAUGUCUUCAUCGCAGUCAAGACGACCCAGGCCUUCCACCACUCCCGCGUGGAGCUGCUGCUCAACACGUGGGUCUCCAGGACCAGGGAAUAGACCUUCAUCUUCACUGACAGCCUGGAUGAAGGCCUCCAGGAGAGACUGGGGUCCCACCUUGUGGUCACCAACCGCUCUGCGGAGCACAGCCACCCUGCCCUGUCCUGCAAGAUGGCCGCUGAAUUUGAUGCCUUCUUGGCCAGUGGGCUGAGAUGGUUCUGCCAUGUGGAUGACGACAACUAUCUGAACCCGAGGGCGCUGCUGAAGUUGCUGAAAACCUUCCCCCAGACCCGUGACGUCUAUGUAGGCCGGCCUAGCCUGAAUCGGCCAAUUCACGCUUCGGAGCCGCAACCUCACAACCGCACAAGGCUGGUACAGUUCUGGUUUGCCACCGGAGGUGCUGGCUUCUGCAUCAACCGCAAACUGGCUUUGAAGAUGGCCCCCUGGGCCAGUGGCUCCCACUUCAUGGACACCUCUGCCCUCAUCCGGCUGCCUGACGACUGCACCGUGGGCUACAUCGUGGAGUGCAAGCUGGGCGGCCACCUGCAGCCCUGCCCCCUCUUCCACUCCCACCUGGAGACCCUGCAGCUGCUGGAGGCUGCCCAGCUUCCGGAGCAGGUUACCCUUAGCUACGGCGUCUUUGAGGGGAAACUCAACGUCAUUAAGCUCCAAGGCCCCUUCUCCCCUGAGGAGGACCCCUCCAGGUUUCACUCUCUCCACUGUCUCCUCUACCCGGAUACUCCCUGGUGCCCGUAGCUGGUGGCCUGAUGAACCCUGAACCUCUGGGCAAAGACUGGGCUAAGGCUCUCUGGUUGUCCUUAGUUUCCCAGGCAGCCUUGAGGGCCUGUGGCAGGUCUUGU